UUGAGUCAAGUGAACCUACCGAGAGGUGGUGUUGACCGACCGCAGCAGGUUUUCAGUAAGAAACCUGAAAAAUCUAACUUUCUAAGGAAACUGACAGUAACGCUAAGACCUUAUUUUUUAACGGAAGGGUCAGGGUGCCGGAGUUAAGGCGACGCGACAGAGAGAGGACAGUAAAUCCCGGAGGGAAAGCGCCCGAAGUGAGCUUGAGGAUCAAAGCUAAUGCUAACAUAGCCAGCCAUUGCUAAAUAAUUAUCCGGAAACUCGUGUAAUUUUAUUAGUUGCUUGAUUUGACAUAACCACUGUGGUUAGAAAGUAGAUAGUCGGGGGGGAAUUUGUUAAGUUAUUUGUCACAUUUAAUUUAAAUAGUGAAGUGUUUUGCCUUUACAUUUUAGGCCACAGGCGACUGAUAUUCACUUAGCGAGAUUAGCUACAAUAGCCGGUCUUAUUGAGGUUAUACCGGCUCUGGGCUCCUCGGGACAGGUGACACCAUUAAAGAUAGGUCGCUGCUAAAGCAACUUUACAUCGGGAGGUAUCAGUGUUUAAAAGUUAGCAUACACUUGUUACUGUCUAAGCCUUGUGCUUCGCAAUGCUGAAACAACAGCAGCAACCCGGCUCGGGCGGGAGAAAAGCGUCUAACGGAACCUCGGGCCCCGCCGGUAUGUCUUCCCCAGUCAGCGGCAUCAACAGUGGCAACAGGACACCGGCCGGGAGACCGAAAGUGGCAGGUGGAAACCUAGCACUAAAACAUGACAGGUUGACAGUAUCAGUAAAGCAAAAAUUUAAGAAUCGAACUUCUGCAAAGCCAUCAUUCCAGUCAUCUCCUGUUUUCGAGGGCGUGUACAACAAUGCCAGAAUGCUUCAUUUCCUCACAGCUGUUGUGGGUUCCACCUGUGACAUAAGAGUGAAGAAUGGCAGCGUAUUUGAAGGCAUAUUCAAGACUCUAAGCUCUCGGUGUGAGUUGGCUGUUGACGCUGUACACAAACGCAGUGAGGACGAGGGAUCAACAUCAGCUCCGCCACGGAGAGAGGACAUCACUGACACUAUGAUCUUCAGCCCCUCAGACCUAGUGACAAUGAUCUGCAGAGAUGUUGACCUCAACUAUGCCACUAGAGACUCCUUCACAGACACAUCCAUUAGCUCCACCCGCGUCAACGGAGAACAUAAGGAGAAGGUCUUGCAGAGAUGGGAGGGAGGAGACAGCAAUGGAGAGAGUUACGAUCUGGAGAAUGAUGCAUCCAAUGGCUGGGAUGCCAAUGAGAUGUUCCGAUACAAUGAAGUAAAAUACGGAGUCACGUCAACAUAUGAUUCUAGCCUCUCCAUGUACACUGUGCCACUGGAAAAAGGCAACUCUGAGGUGUAUCGGCAGAGAGAGGCACGCGCCGCUCGCCUGGCCAGUGAGAUUGAGUCAAGUCCCCAGUAUCGCCAUCGUGUCAACCUGGAAAAUGAUGAGGGCAAAAGCGAGGAAGACAAGUACAGCGCUGUGGUGCGGGAUGGCAAUGAUCGGGAGAGGGGCCGUGAGAGUCCCCGUGACAGAGACCGCGAAAGGGGCCGAGACAGCCCUGGAGCCAGCAACAGAGAGGGCAAGUACAUUCCAUUACCUCAGCGCCAGAGAGAGAUGAACCGGGAACGAGAGCGAGGGGAGAGAGGUCCUGGCGGGCCUCCGCCCCAUAAUCGUCUAAGUGGAGGUUACCGCUCCACCCCUGCAUCCUCCUCUUCCCCAAGACCCCCACUGCCCUCUGCUGCGGGGCCACAAUCCGGCAUCUCCCCCUCAGAGAGAAGCAGCCCUCUCUCAGGUCGAGGCGGAGCCUACGCGCCCCACCACUCACAGGGAAGCCCCAGUCCAGGCCCGGGCUCUGGCCCUGCAAGCCCUUACACACCUGCCUCUCCUGGUGGACCAGCAGCAACGCCAGCCUCUGCUUCCGCUGCCCCUUCCUCAGCCAGCCCCCCUGCCCCACACGGACACACAGUCCCUCAUUCCCACUCACUCCCACACUCUCUGUCAGACGCUGGCAGGCCUGUUAAUGGAAUUUCUGCCAGAACAUCUCCCAAAGCCCAGAGACCUCCACAGUCGAGCAGGACAGUCCGCACUCCAAACUCACAUUCUCAGUCCACAGCUACUCGUUCUCCUAAAUCAGGCUCUUCCCAGGAUACGCCUUAUUUGGACACAUCUUCUGUCUCCCUGCCCGCCCAGAAGACGUCUGGUCCCGCCCCUCUCUUCCCUGUAGAUGUGAAUGAGAUCCUUGGUGCAGCUGCAAAGGAACGCUCAGCUGAGAGCCCCAGCAGCACAGAAGAAAGCAAGAGCAGUAAAGUGCAGCAAAGGUCGCAGAUUGAGGAACUGCGGAAAUUUGGCAAGGAAUUCAGGCUCCAGCCGAGUGGAGGCAGCUCCAGCUCUCCCAGUUCUCCGGCAGCAGCAACCCCUCCUGCCGUCAGUGAGGUCGCCCAGCCCAGCGUAGCCAAGCCCUCGUCAUCAGAUGCCCACCCUGCUUUGGAUUCCAAACCUCAGCCUCCAACUCCCAGCCCCUCUCAGCCCCAACCUCAGCCUUCACCAGCUCCUGCGGAGGGCCCCGCCAAGGACACCACAGCUACACCUGGUGCCACAACAGCUGCCACCACAGCACCUGUUUCAGACAGGCAGUCGCCAGCCGCCCCGCAGCCAGCCAGGACCCCAGGAAGUGAGGAGGUCAGGUCUGAGACAACAGAGCGGACGGAGGGUGUGGCAGACCAAGUAAAGAAAUCAACCUUAAACCCCAACGCUAAAGAGUUCAACCCUAAUAAACCUCAGAUGCCUAUGACAAAGCCCAACACUGCGCCCACUCCACCUCGGCCAACUCCACCAAGCCCAGUGGUCCUUCAGCACCCAGGCGGACAGGGACUCUACACCACCCCCUACCUCUCUUACGUCUCACAGAUCCACUCUGUGCAGCCACCAACAAUGUACCAGUACACCAUGUCUACAGUCAACCAGGGAAAAUACCCCAGGACCAAAGGCUCAGUAGUGGCUCCGCGCUCUGACCAUGGUACUUCAGCGCCCCCAAUGCUGCAAGCUGCGGCCUCAGCGGCCGGGGCACCACUAGUGGCGUCCCCCUACCCUCAGUCCUACCUUCAGUACAACCCACAGCAGUACGGCCAGCAGCAGGUCAUCCAGGCCAUGACACCCUACCCUGGACAGCCAAUGUACUCAAUGCUCCAGGGUGGAGCCAGGAUGAUAGGUCAAGGCGGGGGGCCCCAUCCACAAGCCCUGGGACCCCCAGGAGGCCCCCAGUUCUCUACACAGGGAGACGGACCUCAGGGACCACAGCAGGGCAUUUAUGCUCCACAGUCCUUCUCCCACCACUCGGGUGCAGUGCAUCAGCCUCAGCCCUCCAGUACCCCAACAGGAAACCAGCCCCCUCCCCAACAUGCAGCACCUAGCCCUGGACAGAACGCCCAGUCAGGCCCGCAGCCACAGUCCUUGUACCACUCAGGUCCCCUGUCAGCACCCACCCCACCCAACAUGCCCCCAGGUCACACGUCUCCACAGGGGUCUUACCCCAUUCAGGGCUACAGCAUCCACAGCCACCAGGGCAUCCCACCCACAUACCCCCUGGGACAGAUUGCACAGGCCCACGUACAGGGAGCCAUGUCAGGUCCCCACCACUCGGGGAGCCACGGUCAACCCCAGUUAGUGAUGUUGCAGCCACCCCCUCAGCAGGGCCCUGGUUCAGUGCCCCAGCACCCGCAGCACGGACCUCAGCAAGGAGCACACCAGCACUUCUACAUAGGACAUCCACAAGCAAUGCAGGUACAAACGCACCCUGCUCCCUUCCAUCCGCCUGGAAACUAAACCCCUCCAGACUCCUCGCCCACAACAACCCCCCUAACUGCUCCCUGGAAUGAGCCCCAAUGUCCCCAUUUCCUGCUGGAUGUGAGGCCCAGACUGAACGUGACUCA